AUGGGUAGCUCCAACGAUCACCCCGCAUCGAGUUCGACCGAAAAACAAGCAGUGCCCGAAGAACAAGAAAAGGGCAAAGGCGAAAAUGAUGCAAAGCCCGCGCAGACUGCCUCGCUGGGAAACUAUUUCCGAGCCCUUUCCUACACGACCGGGAAAGAUCGCCUUGUAUUAGCCGUGGCAUUGAUAUCUGCUAUUGCGUCCGGUGUUCCUUUACCCCUAAUGAAUAUCGUGUUUGGAAAUCUUGUUGGUGAAUUCAGUGGAUACUUCAUGCCCGGCACAAGUGUCACCGAAGCGCAAUUCAAAUCGCCGGUCAACAGACUGAGUCUGUACAUCGUGUACCUGUUUAUAGCGAAAUUCAGCUUGACUUACUUCUCCAUGUUUUGCUUUCGCGUCAUCGGUCUCCGAGUCUCAGCUGCUAUUCGACUGGAAUACGUCCAGACGCUCUUCUCCCAGCCGAUCAGUACAGUGGACCAGGUUUCCGUGGGCACAGUCACGAAUACAAUCACGACGCUGUCCAACACAAUCCAGCAGAGCAUCUCGGACAAGCUAGCCAUUCUUUUUCAAUCCGUCGCCCUUUUAUUCGCUGCGUACAUUAUCGCCUUCAAGUAUUCAUGGGCCUUGACUCUCGUCACAAGUUCGGCGCUUCUGUUCGUUCUCGUCGGCUGCUGUGUGACCCUACCGAUCAUAACAAAGAUCCAACAGAGGAUCGACAAGGCGGACGAGAAGCAUUCGUCAAUAGCGGCUGAGGUAUUUGGGUCUAUUCGGACAGUGGUUUCCCUCGGUGCUCAGGAAAGUCUCUCGAAGAAAUAUGCGGCCUGGAUCGGAGAAGCACGGAAGCGUGGACAUGGUUUGUCUAUUAUCAUGGGGAUCCACUUUGCUCUGGUCUUCUUCGCUCUGUAUGCUAGCUUUUCCCUUGCCUUCUGGUUUGGUUUAAAGCUAUACAGGGAGGGGCACAUCAAGGAGAUCAACACGGUCAUCACGGUGUUCUUCUCGGUCAUGAUCGUGGUAAGUGUAUUAGGGAAUAUCGCAUCGCCCUUGGUUAUCGUGUCCAAAGCCGCCAGCGCUGCGGGUUCGUUCUUCGACUUGAUCGAUUCCGAAAAGGUGAAGGCCGGGGGCCUUCGCGAACCGGAUGCCUCAGCCCACGUUGAUAUAACCUUUCAAGAUGUGCACUUUACGUACCCUACACGGCCGGACGUACCUGUCCUCAAGGGACUAAACCUUCGGUUUCAGAAUGGAAAAACAACCGCAUUAGUCGGCCCCUCUGGCUCGGGGAAAAGCACAAUCGUCGCGCUGGUCGAGCGAUGGUAUCAGCUACCGAUGAGUCCAGAAGACCGCAACCAAGGGAGUAUCUAUGCUGGGCAGCACAAUAUCAACAGUCUGGACCUGAAGUGGUGGAGAUCGCAAAUCGGACUCGUCCAGCAGGAGCCUUUCCUUUUCAACGAUACUAUCUUCAACAAUGUGGCAUUUGGCCUGAUCGGAACAAAAUGGGAAAAAGAGCCUGACGGUGUGAAGAAGGAACUGAUCGAGAAGGCUUGUAGAGAGGCCUUUGCUGAGGAGUUCAUCCAGCGGUUACCAGAAGGCUAUGCGACGCUCGUGGGACAGAGUGGUAUCAAAUUGAGUGGCGGUCAGCGACAGCGUCUUGCCAUCGCUCGGAGCAUCGUGAAAGAACCCAAAAUAUUGAUACUAGACGAGGCGACGAGUGCUAUCGACGUUCGCGGCGAGAAGAUCGUACAGGCAGCCCUUGAUAGGGUUUCCAGGAACCGCACAACCGUCAUGAUUGCACAUCGGCUAUCCACGAUCCGAAGAGCAGAUCAUAUAGUUGUUAUGAAAGGGGGUGUGAACGUCGAGGAGGGAACACACGAGGAGCUUCUCCAGCUUGAGGGUGGAGUAUACCGCGGCCUUGUUAACGCUCAAAGGCUUGAACUGUUAGCAGAAGACGACGAGAACACAGGGAGCGCGAUGCUCGAGUCAAGAGAAGAAGCCAAGUCUCCCACCAUGUCUGUUAAAGAGAAGAUGCACGAUGAAGAGAACGUUCAGCCCAAAAGCCGAGGGUUUAUGAGGACUAUCGGGCUGAUACUAUAUGAGCAACGCGGACAUUGGCCGUUCUACCUGGUGGUUCUCAUCAGCACAGCUGGGGCAGGAACGGCCUAUCCACUUCAGAGCUGGUUAUUUGCGAAGCUUAUCCAAGUAUUUCAGUUUACGGGCCAAAAGCUCGUUGAUGCCGCUAAUUUCUGGGCCCUGAUGUUCUUUGUUCUCGCUCUGGCAGUGGCUGCUCUUUACUCGACUGUGGGAUACAGCGCCAAUUCUCUCUCAGUGAGGAUAUCUGAAGCCUGCCGAAAGGAAUAUUUUCAGAACAUUCUAGGGAAGCCCAUACCUUUUCAUGAUCUGAGCGAGAACGCUUCUGGCUCCCUUGUUUCCCGACUGGCCACCGAUCCAAAGCAGGUCCAAGAGCUCAUCGGUCUCAACGGUGCAUUCCCUCUCAUCUCGAUUUUUAGCAUGAUUGGUUGUAUUGCGAUUGCCUUUUCCUUUGGAUGGAAGCUGAGUCUGGUGACGGUAUUUGCGGCCUUGCCAUGCACAUUCCUGGCUGCCUUUAUGCGGAUCAGAUAUGAACUGCAGUUCGAGGCAAUGAACGCCGAGGUCUAUGCGGGAAGCUCGCAGUUUGCGGCAGAAGCCAUCGAUGCGUUCCGAACAGUUUCGGCGUUGACGAUGGAGGACGCCAUUCUCGAUCGAUAUUCCGAUCUCUUACAGGAGCAACAAAAAAAGGCUUUCCGGAGGGCGAGAUACGCAACCCUCAUCUUUGCUUUCUCAGAUAGCGUGGAGUUAUGUGCGAUGGCGCUCACUUUCUGGUAUGGUGGCCAGCUCCUUGCCUCCAGGGAAUACCAACCGACCUCAUUCUUCGUCAUAUUCAUGGCGAUCAUCCAAGGCGGACAAUCGGCCGGCCAGUUUUUCAGUUUCGGCUCCAACUUUGCCCAAGCCGCUGCGUCCGCGAACCGGAUACUGAACUCGCGCCCGAAACCAGGCGAAAGUGCCGCCAGCAUCGAGAAGAAAGAACUUGUGCGUGUCGGUGAACGGACCGGGGCGAGUGUCGAGCUCCGUGACGUUGCUUUCAAAUACGCUUCCCAUGAUGUCCCUCUUUUCGCUGGACUCAAUGUCGAUAUCCAGAGCGGACAGUUUGUCGCCUUCGUCGGACCAUCUGGCUGCGGGAAAACCACCGUGAUCUCACUACUCGAGAGAUUCUAUACUCCCUCCCAGGGCACGAUCCUCCUCAACGGCGAAGACAUCCGUACCAUCGAAGUCACAUCCUACCGCAGGGCCCUCUCGCUAGUCGCGCAAGAACCACGCCUCUUCGAAGGCAGUAUCCGCGAGAAUAUCACCCUCGGCCUCGAUCAGUCCGAGUUCACCGAGGAGGAAUUGAUCCAAGCAUGUAAAGACGCAGAGAUCCAUGAUUUCAUCACGUCGCUUCCGGAAGGCUACGCCACCGAGCUCGGUAUCAAAGCACAGACAUCGCUCAGCGGUGGCCAGCGCCAAAGGCUCUGCAUUGCGCGUGCAUUGCUCCGGAAGCCAUCGCUCCUGCUUCUGGACGAGGCAACUUCGAGCCUGGACUCGCAGUCGGAAAAAGUGGUGCAGGGUGCUAUGGAACGCCUGGCCCGGAAGAGGAGCCUGACGAUCGUCGCGGUUGCUCAUCGAUUGGCCACUAUCCAGAAGGCGGACACUAUCUUUGUCUUUGGGGCAAGCCAUGCUGGCCAAGCGUCUCGCAUCGUUGAACAGGGGACGCACCAAGAACUGCUUCGGGCGAAAGGGACGUAUUGGCAGAUGUGUCAGGAGAAUGCGCUUGACCGUUGA